AUGCUGGCGGCCAAGCCACUGGAAGGGCAGAAACCUCUGUGGCUGGACAUCUGGACCAUGGACAGGGAUCUGAGUGACGAGGACAGUGUGGCCGACCUCAGCUUCGAGGCCGUGAGCCCCCUGGUGCCCCCGGUCGAACUCCUGGAGAGGCUGCCCAGCUAUGACUGCCUUUUUCAAGGAGGCGGGCAGCAGAUCUUCUUCCCAUCUUUGGAGGCUCCCCGGAGACCCCAGGAACAAACAUGCUGGUCCUCGUUCCUGGAACACAGGUGAGCUGCAGGUAGUCCCUGUGUGACAGAGGAGGUGGCGCGUGAAGCCCUCCUCAGCUUCGUGAGCUAAUGCUGCUAUGGCCGCUCAGCCGCCAGCGACCUGGUCAUCCAGCAGAUGAAGCAACAGAUGCUGUGCCGGUAUCGACUGGAGACUUUCAGCGAGUCCAGGAUAAGCGAAUGGACGUUUCAGCCCUUUACUAACCACGCAGUCGAUGGGCCGAGAAGAGGGACCUCCCCCCAGCUCUGGGACAUCAAGGUCCAGGUUCCCCCGAUGUUCCAGGAGGAGACCAGGAAGUUCCAGGUCCCUCACUCGUCACUGGUCAAGGAAUGCCACAAGUGCCACGGGCGGGGACGCUACAAGUGCAGCGGCUGCCACGGGGCCUGCAUGGUGAGGUGCCCCUCCUGCAGCGGAGCCAAGCGCAGAGCCAAGCAGCCUGGGAGGUGCCAGCUGUGCUCGGGGUCGGGCAGGCACAGGUGCAGCACGUGCUCGGGGAGGGGGAACAAGACCUGUGCCACCUGCAAGGGGGAAAAGAAGCUGCUGCACUUUGUCCAGCUGGUCAUCGUGUGGAAGAACAGCCUGUUUGAGUUUGUGUCCGAGCACCGGCUGAACUGCCCCGGGCAGCUCCUAGCUAAAGCCAAAGGAGAGAACCUCUUCAAGGAUGAGAACACGACGGUAAGGAGGGCGGUGCGUCUCUCCUCAGGUGUACCCCUGGCGGACUUCCCGCUGCGGGAGAUCUCGCUGGCCUCCCAGCGGGGCAUCGCCCAGCACAGCGCCGCCACCCUGGCCUCCAGAGCCCGCGUCCUUCAGCAGCGCCAGACCAUCGAGCUGGUCCCCCUCACAGAAGUGCAUUACUGGUACCAGGGGAAGACAAACGUCUACUACAUCUACGGCACCGACCACAGAGUGUAUGUGGCGGACUACCCCGAGCGGUACUGCUGCAGCUGCACCAUCAUUUGA